GGUCCACCGUUGGGUUUUAAAUAUGAUGCCAAAGCAUAGCAGUCCGAAUAACACUAUAGAGGUGCUGUACAUUCAUAGAGUUGACAUUUAGCUUUUUUAAAAAAACAUUUGAGUGCAUAAUCAGUGUAAAAAAAUGUAGCAACCACUGCGUACAGAAAGCUCUAUCUAGUUAUCAGAUUGCUGCUUAUUAAUCUGUUUGUAUGAUUUGAUUGAGAGACAAAUAUUGGCCAAGUUACUAUGCAUAACUCGCCUGCUGUUCUUUGAAAUAGCAUCUUCUUUGAGAUUAAGUAAAGCCUUAAAUUAACAUUUGCAUAAAUUUUGAUGAACAGAGGGAAUACUGUAAUUUCAUCAUAAAUUCAUGUACUCUAAUCCAUUGAGGGGGUCUUGAGACCAGAAUUUUUUCACUCUGAUGUGAGAAUGCUGCCAUAUUGAGCCUCAACAGAAAAAUGCAUGUGUCUUCUUUUGCUUUGUACUUUUGGUGAUGAACUCUAAGUGGUAAAGCUAGUUUCUCUAUGUUUAACAUUAAUAAAACUCUUCAUUUUAAAACCUGCAAAUCACUUCUGAACUUUUUUCUAAUGAUAUUUUGAAUUAUUGAAGAUAUCUGACAUAUCUAUGACCUUCCCAGCUUGGGUAUCAUUUUUUUGGGAAGCUUAAUGGUCUUGACAUUCUAUAAAAUAUUAUUCUUUCACAGGAUGUGGGCAUGCUGAUGAGGCUAGCAUUCAUUGCCCUUUCCUAAUUGCCCAUGAAAGGGUGGUAGAGAGCCACCUUCUGGAAUUGCUGCAGUCAAAGUGAUGUAGAUUCACCCACACUGCUGCUACAAAGGCUGUACUAAUAUAUUGAUCCUGUGAUAGUGUCGGAAUGGCAGUGUAGUUCCAAAACAGAUGCUUUGCGAUUUGAUAAGGAAUAUGGGGGUUUGUAGUGUUUCCAUGAAGCUGCAGUACUUGCCCUUCUAGAGGAUAGAGGGCCUGUAUCCUAGAACUCCAUAUGCAUUUUUACACCUUCAUUAAUUUGUCUUCAUUAUGCAUUUGAACCCCAAAAUUUCUUUUCUGCUCUACACCUUUUGAAAAAUUCCUAUUUUGUAUGUAUAUGUUUCCUGCCACAUGCAUCACCACAGUUCCUUCAUUUAAUUCCAAGGCACUUUUCAAUAUCUGCUUUCCACUCCAUGUUUGCAAUAGCAUCCAAUUCAGAACACUCAAUUCUUCUAACUCUGGCUUCCUGUGUACAUAUCUUUCCUGAUCAUCAGUAAAGUCUUCAGCUUCCAGAUCCUUUACUGUGGCAUUUGUUAAAUCUCUUCACUUCUCAGUACCCCUUAAAUUGAACUUAAGAUAUGGGUUUUAAGUUUUUGAUAACUGCUCCUAAUCUCUAUCUAUCAAGUCACUUUUCUGUUUUCCCAAAUGCUUAUUUUAUAAAACAUCUCAGAUUUUUCAGAGAACUGCCAUUCUCAAGAAAUCGCAUCCAUUUCCCUCCAGCUUUUGCUGUGAAAGAGCAAGAAGUUAGAAGAGAAAUAAGUGCAUGCAACGUGCAUUAUAACUAUUUCCUAUUUGGUUAUUACCUCCAGGAUCCGAGUGUUGAUGGCAAAAUAUGGUUUUCAAGUAAUUAUGACCGAAAAGCCGCGGAAGAGGCUUUAGUUAAAUUCAAUAAGGAUGGAUGCUUUCUUAUAAGAAAAAGCUCUGGGCAGGACUCUAAGCAGCCAUAUACGUUAGUUGUAUUGUACAAACGACGAGUCUAUAAUAUUCCUGUACGCUACAUCGAAUUAACAAAAGAAUAUGCAUUAGGGAAAGAGAAGAAUGGUGAAGAGGUGAGUGAUUUACUGUAUUUUACUUUGACUUUUAAAGAUAGCCAUAUAUGAUUAUAUUGUACAUGAUAGCAGGGAUUUACAUAAUCAAUGGCUUAAUUGCAUUCAGUUCUAUUUUUAGCUAAAACAAAUAUGCAACGCCAUGUUACUUCAGUUAACCACACUUUCUUGGUAUAUCUCAUGGGAGACAGACAGUCUGUUUAUGGCAAGACUGUAUUUUUUUUGGAUUGGUUAGCUACUGUCAAAAAAUUGUCAAACAAAUCAGUUUCAAACAAAACAGAUGAGAGGUGAAAUAUCUGAUGGCACAGACUUUUCACCUUGUUUUUCCUAUAAGACUCAUCAUUUAUAGUUCAAUUUCAUUUGCAUAAUAACUACACCUAAUCUACGUCUAUCAAGUCAUUUUUCUAUUUUCUGUAUGCUCAUCUUAUGAAACAUCUAAGAUUUUUCCAUUUCAUGCAGACAUGUUCCAAGAAAAUCUCAAGGGAAUCUUGGUACUGAUGAAGUAAUGGUUGCAGACAGGGAUCCUCGAGAUUUUCCUUUCUGGAGGGCUCUGAGAUUUUUUUUUCAGAGGCUACAUAUUGAUUUUCAGAGCUACAUUUUCAUUCUCACAAAUUCGCU